CGGAACAGAUCGACUCCACAGUGAUCUACUGCGAGGUCUGGUUGCGACAUACUCGGACAUGGCAGCUGUUAUUAAAUAACAGAUCUCAAAUUUUGGGUGUGAGACUGGGACGAAGGACGAGGACAGUAUGCUGCCAGAUCAAGAUGGGCCGAGUGGAGGAGGGGGGACUCAGGGGGUUAAAGAGGACCCAGCUGUGUCCCUGUUCAGGGAAUAUCUCAAACUAAAGACCGUCCACCCAGAACCGGACUAUGAUGCUGCUCUUAAGUUCCUCACCAGGAUUUCGGAGGAGCUGGGUUUGCCCAUGAAGAAGAUUGAGGUAUGUCCUGGUAGAGUGGUGACCAUCAUAACAUGGACGGGAACUAAUCCAGCUGUAAAGUCUGUCCUCCUUAACUCACACACUGAUGUGGUUCCAGUAUAUCAGGAGCACUGGAAGUAUGAUGCGUUCGCUGCGGUGAAAGAUGCUGAAGGAAACAUUUACGGGAGAGGAACUCAGGACAUGAAGAGUGUCACUAUACAGUAUAUUGAAGCCAUUCGUCGUCUGAAAGCUGCAGGGAAGAGAUUUCCUCGAACCAUCCACUUAUCUUUUGUCCCAGAUGAGGAGGUCGGAGGUCAUAAAGGAAUGGAGACGUUUAUAAACCAUCCGGAGUUUCAGAAGCUCAAUGUUGGAUUUGCGCUGGACGAGGGUCUGGCCAACCCUACAGAAGCCUUCACUGUGUUUUAUGGCGAGAGGAACCCUUGGUGGAUCACUAUCCGCUGUCCAGGCAGUCCAGGUCAUGGCUCCAGGUUUGUGGAGAACACAGCUGCAGAAAAACUGCGGAGGAUCAUCAACUCUUUUCUGGACUUCAGAGCGAGUGAGAAGCAGCGCUUGGACACGUCUGAGUGCUUCACACUGGGUGAUGUCACCACUGUUAACAUGACUAUGGUGAAUGGAGGCGUGGCUUACAACGUCAUACCUGCUGAGAUGGAUGUCAGUUUUGAUAUGAGAAUUCCACCUACUGUCAAUCUACAGGAGUUUGAGGAGCAGAUCAAGGCCUGGUGUGCUGAGGCUGGAGAGGGCAUUACAUAUAAGUUUGCACAGAAAUUCAUGCACCAAAACACCACUUCCACAGAGGACAGUGACCCCUGGUGGAAUGCUUUUAGCUCCACCUGUAAAGCCAUGAAUAUGACGCUGCAGAAGGAGAUUUUCCCAGCUGCCACGGACAGCCGCUUCAUCAGAGCGGCUGGUCUACCUGCUAUUGGCUUUUCCCCGAUGAACUGCACUCCCAUCCUCCUGCACGAUCACAAUGAGUUCCUGAAUGAGGGAGUGUUUCUGAGGGGCAUCACUGUGUACGAGAGACUGCUGCUCACCCUGGCUUCCGUAGCACCACAAAAAGGAGAGGAAUAAUUUUACACACACACAUGCGCACACAAAAACACAAUUAUUUUCUCUCAUGAUGCUUUUGCUCUUCUACUCAACUAUUCUAAAACCUUUUUAUUUCUUUCUAUCCCUAUUCAACCUCAUUUUCUUCAUUUCUUAAACCCCUCUGCUCUGUGACUUUAUUGCACACUCAGGAUUACCAAUUGGUAAUUGGAUGCAAAGCAACGGUAAUUGUCUGAAUUGUUCCUAAUUUAUAACAGCGGUGUGAAGGAGUGUAAUGUGUAGA